UUGACCAAGCGAAGCGUCUCGCACGCGGCUGCGCCACACGCGGACACACCAGGCACCUGCACGGCUGACUCAACAGGUCCAAAGUCACGGGCUGUUCGGGAAUCCCUGGCCAAGUCGACGCAAUGGCGAUGAACCUCGUGAGCCCGCUGAGUAUGCAGCUCCACGUGCACCAGCAGAUGCUCUACCAGCAGCAUCGGAUGGCGCUCCACCAUUAUCAACAAGAUGAGAUAACAAAUACGAAUGGAUGGUCCGCGAUGCUGAAUGCGCCGACCGCGGGCCCUCAACUUCCCGACGACGUCAAAGUCCAACUUGAGAACAAAAAGUUGUGGCAACAAUUUCACGCCGAGAGUACAGAAAUGAUCAUCACGAAAUCUGGAAGGCGCAUGUUCCCGUCGGUGCAGCUGUCGGUAAGCGGACUAGAGCGACGCUCGCGCUACUGCGUCCUCCUGGAGCUGGCCCCAGCCUCGGACCGCCGUCACAAGUAUGUCGGGGGCUCGGAGGCCGGUCGAGGCACCCCGAGAGGCUGGACAUCCGCGGGCCCGGCAGAGCCCCAGCCACCGGUCGAGCGCAGGCUCUACAUGCACCCGGACAGCCCAGCCAGCGGCUCGCACUGGAUGCAGCAUCCCCUCGGCUUCUCCAAGCUCAAGCUCACUAACAACGUCGUCGAGCACCAUAGCAACGUCCUCCUGACCUCCAUGCACAAGUACAUUCCGCGAAUUUGGAUUAUUCGCUGCGACGAUGUCACCAGUAUGCGAGAUUUGUACAACAAUCCGUCUUCCUGCUUCACGUUCAGAGAGACGGAAUUUAUCGCCGUCACUGCCUAUCAGAACGAAAACAUAACGAAGCUCAAAAUCGACAACAAUCCGUUCGCCAAGGGUUUCCGUGAAAGUGGCCAAUCGGCCUGCAAGCGGAAGCGCCAGCGACCACCCCACGAAGACACCGGUAGCUCCAACUCCGAGAUCUCCCAUGACGAGGAAGAGGGCAAUGUCUCCUCCUCGGACUCGGAUCAUAACGAUCACGAGGCACCCCUGACGAAACGCAGCCGGCAUCGCGAGACCGAGGAAAACUGCUGCAGCGUCGCCAGCACCGAGAGCAAGCGUAACCCGACGCCGCCCCCCGUCGUGCCUUUAAGAACGGAGGCGGUCCCGAGGAGAGAGACCCAGCCGAGACUCCAUAGGCCCUGGACGGACGACGGCGAGGAAGUAACGAGAAUCCGACCCUCCGGCAACCCGAGCCAGCCGCCUUUGCACCAGCAUCACCAUCAUCCGGACUACCUGGGGGUCCAACAGGCCCACUAUCAUCUUGUCGCUCUCGAUUUGGCAAGAAUGAGACACAUGCAGCAGAGAUUUGCCGUGGCUGCCCAGCAUUUGCCCCCUUUAAUGGACUUUAGGCAGUGAACCGCCUGUUGUCACGUAGCCGACAACGCGCCUCAACUUUAAAGCGAUUUUCUCGCACAUCUUCGCCACGAAUUACCUGCAGCCACGAAGAUUCCCUACUUUUACGAAAUUUUCACUGCGCGUGAAGUUAUUCCUCUUUGUCGUCUCCACCUUUCGUUAGCCACAAUUGUCGAAUGAUUUCUUGAUUGAAAAUCACGCUCCUUCCAGAGCUGUCCUUAUCGUUCCAAGAAAUCAUAAACGACCGUUAAAGGCCGUUACAGGCAGACGAUUAUUUAAGAUGGAGAAUGUCAGU